UGCGCGAAGUUGCGUUCACUCAUGACGCGCUGGGGGCGGGCCCUGGUGGCGCCGAGCCAAUGGGCGGCCGCAGGCGGUUGCCAGGGCCCGGCGUCCCGGCGACAUCAUGGCGGCGUCGCGGUCCGGCUCCUACUCCGGCGGCCUGAGGGCGCGGCGGCGGGACGGAUAUGGGCUAUAUGUUUAUCCUAAUACCUUUUUCCAAUAUGAAGGAGAAUGGAGACAAGGAAAAAAACAUGGUCAUGGCAAACUAUUAUUCAAGGAUGGAAGUUAUUAUGAAGGCGAGUUUGUGGAUGGUGAAAUUUUGGGGAAUGGAUUGCGAUAUUGGGCAUCUUCAGGAAACACUUACUCAGGUCAGUUCAUGUUAGGAGAGCUCCAUGGACAUGGAGUCAUGCAAUACAGAGAUGGUGGGAAAUAUGAAGGAGAAUUCUCCUGUGGAAUGAGAGAAGGAUAUGGGUUACUGGUUGACAGUGAUGGACAAAUUUAUCAAGGAUCUUUCCACAAAAAUAAGAAGCAUGGAGGAGGUAAAAUGACCUUCAAGAAUGGUGAUAAGUAUGAAGGAGACUGGAUUCUGGACCAGCGACAAGGUCAUGGGGAACUGCACUGUGCUGAUGGAAGUGUAUAUGAGGGGCAGUGGAGAAAUGACAUGUUCAAUGGACAGGGCACUAUAAUUCAUUGUUCUGGUGUCAUCUAUGAUGGACUGUGGAUCAAUGGCUACCCUGCUGCUCAAGCAAAGAAGAUAGUGAUUUUGGGCCCAGAAGUUAUUGAUAUAAUUCAGGGAUCUUCUAUCACCCUUCAUGUACAGCUUCAGAAUGAAGAAGGAGAGGUUUGUGAAUCUGAGGAAGGCCGAGUUUUGGAGAUCUGGGCAGGCAUCAGAGAUCAUCAAAUCCGAGCAAGUUCCCCUACCAAUUUAUUUGAGUUAAUUGAAGAGAUUGAAAGGAAGCCAGUCAAAACCCCUUUUGGAUUUGAAUGUAUUAGCUACCCUUUGAUGGAUGCCACAUCUGAAAGCCAGAAACUGAAAGCUGCUUUUCCUAUAGUUAGCAAAUCUGGAUUUGCAUGGGCUGAUUUAUCAAUUCCUAAGAGAGUUAUAGAGCCAGAAUCAGGAUCAGACACCAUGCAUGGAGCUGGAGAUGCCCCCAGCAAUCAGGAUGUAUUUGAAGAUGAACGUCCCUGUCCUCCUGCCAGUCAGAGAGUGGAGCAUGGCUGUGCAAUUUUCAGAAACAUCUUGCUUGCACCUCCUCCAGCUAAUUAUCUGUCCUUUCUGCUUGUGGAUGAAGUAAGCAAAAAAGGAGGCAGAAAGCCAAGUGACAGAAUAUCUGCUGAGAAAGCUGAGAAGAUGACAGUCUUGCAAGAGAAAAUUGGAGACAGCAGAUCUGAGAUGACACCCAAACGGCGUGAGUUAAAAAAUGAUCAGUGCUCCAUGAAGAACUGUAGCGUUUUGCCAGGCAAGUAUGUGCUUAUGGUCCAUGAAGUGACCAUACCCCCAUUUUUGGGCAAGACUCUCCCACCAGCCUUCAAACUCUUAAGGGUUUUGCCAGAGAAAACCAAAAACAAGAAAGCGACCAGCAAGUAAAGAAGGAACAUAAACAUACAGGAAUUCACAGGCUCUGUCCAAUGCACACUGUAGUUUGUGAAGAUUUUACCACUGAGUACAAUAGGAGUUGGACUGAUCCCUUGGGCCUCAGUUGCAUGUAGGUUUUGCAAAAAGGGGUAUACUAACAGCAAAGAAACAAUUGACCAACAGAGAUCCAUUUCACACAGUGUCCUACCUAGUCACAUUUUAGAUGAUACUAAAUCUUACAUUUUAGAUGGUAUUUAUGAGAUGGAGAGAAAUGUCUUUGAUUAAUCCUAUUUUUCAUCAUUAUAUAAGUUGUAUGUAUUUUUAACAAAAUUCUAUUAAAAUAAACUGAAAAUUCAGGCCACAGUUUGAUCAGAUAAUGAUGCCAUAAAAACUGGUGAACCAUCUGAACAGCUAAUGGAUAAAAUAAUAUAUAGCAAAUUAACUUUUAUGACCAUGGUGAUCACCUCUCUAAUAACACAUUUAUGAAUAUAUUGUUUUGUGGAUAAAAAGUCUUGUUCAGCUAAUUCACAUGAAAAACACCCAUUGACUAAAAGAUGACAACCAGACAGCUGUCUUGUCUCUUGAAACUGGCUUCUGUCUUCAGUGAAGGAGGAUCAAAGUUAGAUUAAUUAUUCCAGAAAAGCCAUUGCCAAAUAGUCCAUAAAUGAAGCUAAACAAUGGUAGAGAAGUGUUGAGUUCAUGUGAUUGGAACAUAUUUGGGUUUGAUGAGAGUUGCCACUGAACAUACAAAGUGUUUUCACGCCAGCUAAACAAUCAAGAUUCAAUUGUAGAACACCUGAAAGUUGGCAAGCAAAGAGAAAAGGACUGCGUUCUGAUCAGAAAAGGGACAAUCAAAACAGAAAAAGAUUUGAAGAACAUCUCUAGAAAAUCAAUACAAUUAGUAUUUGACUAGGGCUUUUCAGUGUUGAAAAUGAAACUUUAACUGGAAAAAGUAUGAUGGGAGAAUGUAUAUUAAAAAGGCAAAUAGGAUGA